GGAUCCUGCGCAACGUGGCCGUGGAGGUGUCGGGCAAGCCCACGCUAGAGUUCAAUCCCGACGGCCGACUGCGGAACGCCGAGCUGGACAUCAUGAACCUGCGCCCGCAACCCGCGCCCGACACCCCGGCCGCCUGGGAGAAGAUCGGAGUCUGGAAAUCGUGGCAGAAGGAAGGGCUGGACAUUAAGGACAUAGUCUGGCCGGGUAACAGCCACACGCCACCACAGGGGGUGCCCGAGAAAUUCCACUUGAAGAUCACCUUCCUUGAAGAGCCACCAUAUAUAAAUUUGUCGCCUCCCGACCCUGUUACUGGAAAGUGCACUCACAACAAGGGAGUCUUUUGCCGCCACGCCAAGGAAUCUGACAUUUCAGGCCUUGAUAACGAGCAAGCGCACCGCAACGGGACCAUGUACCAGUGCUGCUCGGGCUUCUGCAUCGAUUUGCUGGAGAAGUUCGCCGAGGAUCUGGGCUUCUCGUACGAGCUGUUCCGGGUGGAGGACGGCAAAUGGGGCGCCCAAACGAAUGGCCGCUGGAACGGGCUGGUGGCGGCGCUCAUCAACCACCACGCCGACAUGGUGAUCACGUCGCUCAAGAUCAACUACGAGCGCUCGCAGGCCAUCGACUUCUCGCUGCCCUUCCUCGACACCGGCAUCGCCAUCGUGGUGGCCAAGCGCACGGGGAUCAUCUCGCCCACUGCAUUUCUCGAGCCCUUCGACACGGCCAUGUGGAUGCUGGUGGCUCUGGUAGCCGUCCACGUGGCGGCUCUCACUAUCUUCUUCUUUGAAUGGCUCAGCCCCUCCGGAUACGACGGCAAGAUGACGACCCCCGGCGACCACCGCUUCUCGCUGUGCCGCACGCUGUGGCUGGUGUGGGCCGUGCUGUUCCAAGCGGCCGUGAACGUGGACUAUCCGCGCGGCUACACGGCGCGAUGCGUCGCCAACAUCUGGGCCAUGUUCGCCCUCAUCUUCCUCGCCAUCUACACUGCCAACCUGGCCGCCUUCAUGAUCACUCGCGAGGAGUUCCACGACCUCACCGGCAUCAACGAUACUAAGCUGAGCAACCCGCACACCCUGAAGCCGCCGUUCCGCUUCGGCACCAUCCCGCACGGCAACACGGACGCCGUGCUGCGCCGCAACUUCCCGGCCAUGCACGCCUACAUGCGCCCGUUCAACCGCUCCAACGUCAUCGAGGGCGUCGGCGCCGUCAAGGACGGAGAGCUGGACGCCUUCAUCUACGACGCAACCGUGCUAGACUACCUCGUGGGCCAGGAUUCAGAGUGCGUGCUCCUCACUGUUGGCUCCUGGUUUGCUAUGACGGGAUACGGCAUCGGCUUCCCCCGCCACUCCAAGUACAGAGACCUCAUCAACCGACAGCUCAUGGAGUACCGGGAAAAUGGCGACCUGGAGCGGCUGCAGCGCUUCUGGUUCACGGGCGCGUGCAAGCGCAGCAAGGAGAAGCAGAGCCGCAGCGACCCGCUGGCGCUGGAGCAGUUCCUGUCCGCCUUCCUGCUGCUGGGCUCGGGCAUCCUGCUGGCCGCCGUGCUGCUGCUGCUGGAGCGCGCCUACGUGCAGUAUGCGCGCCCGCUCGCGCCGCGCGCCGCCCCGGGCGUCGCCGACUGCUGCUCGCUCGUCAGCCGGAGUAUUAAACUCAAGAAUAUUGACAAAGAUUCAUCAUCAGAUAAUAACGUGUAUUGA